AACUAUUUUAGCGUAUAUAUUCGAAAAUCAUCAAGGGUUAAUGUGUCUAACACGAUAGGAACGAGUGUUCUCAACUAGUUGGCAGUUUGUUGCCAAAUGGGCCGCUAUCAGACCGAACCGGAGAACACGACUAAGUCGGCGAAGAGUCGCGGACUGAAUCUUCGCGUGCACUUUAAAACCACGCGAGAGACAGCUCGCGCCAUCAAGGGUAUGGCGCUUCGCCGAGCCAAAAAGUAUCUUGAGAAUGUCAUCGAGAAGAAGGAAAUUGUCCCUUUUGUCAGGUUUAAUGGCGGCGUAGGUCGUCACGCCCAGUGUAAAGCCUGGAAGACUGCGCAGGGUCGCUGGCCAAAGAAGAGCGCCAAGCACCUUCUGCAAUUGCUCCACAACGCCAAAGCUACUGCUCGUACGAAGCAGCUCGACGUCGACCGUUUAAUCGUUGAUCACAUCCACGUAAAUCGAGCUCCUAAGAUGCGUAGGAGGACAUACCGUGCCCACGGUAGGAUCAAUCCUUACAUGACUUCGCCUUGCCAUAUCGAGCUUUUUUUAAGCGAAGUUGAAAACAUCGUCAGCAAACCUUCUGUACCCGCCGAGGUCGAGAAGAAGAAAGUCUCAAAAAAGAAGCUAGCCCGCGCGAAGGCCAUGAGCCGCGAGUAACCACAGUUGCUGCGUAUAACCUCAUCCAACUGUGACCUGCAGGGCGAGAUCAAUAAAAUACCGAGCAGCGUCGUCGCUCUCUGGCAGAAAAAAAAUC